AACUUCGGACUUCUACGAUCGCAUUUUUAUUAUUAUAAUAUUAAUAACAGUAAAAAUAAAGCAACACUCUGAAGCAGGCGUGCGAUCGGGUGGGCAAUUGUAGGAAUAAACGCGACCGUAGUCGUGUUUUCUAAAAUAGCCAACCGUUUUAGCGGCGUGCACAGGAAAGCUGAAUACCGUCGCAAUUUCUUUUGGAUUGUGGCUCGGUUUUUCGUUUUAUACGUGAAAAGUGUGUGACUAACAUGAUCGAAAUAUUCGGCCCAAUGUCUUUGUAGCGCCUGGGACAUACUUUAUCGCAGUGUACAUCUCAUCGCCAACGAGUUAUGGAUUUAAUUUCGGAAUGAGUAGUGAACCAUAAGUAUUGUGAAGCUCGUAGUGAUUGAAAUAAGUUCCUUCUGUAACGUUGUGCAAAGCAGUACAAAGCAUCGCGGUCAAAAGAGUGUUUUACGGAAGUGCCGUGAAGUGAUAUUACGGUUAUCGUGGCAGACGUGAUAUUUCUUGUGGGCCAAUGUGUGGAAAAGCAGCGAUAUAUUGAACACAACAACAAACAAGCAUGAGUGGUACUGACGGUGUGGUUCUACGCACGACACGUUUCCAUACUGAAUUACACGAGUAAAAUCAUGCAUAGGGCUUAGAGCAUUGAUUUGGAAUAGUCGCUGGAUCGUAGUGAAAAGGCAAAGCUACCGCUAUUCGAUUGAAAAUUUCUACGGGGUCGUAUCAGCUGCCAAAUCGUAUGUCAACUCAUUGUAUUUUCAAAUAAAUAGAACUCCUCUGGUGAUACACAGCGCUGUAGCUGUCCAGAAUAUACAAAAGUGAUUAAAAGGUAUUAUCGGUUAACAUUUGACCGAAUCUUGUGAUUACCGUCCGGAGCAUCUUCAGUGGAAGACAUCUGCGGCAUUGGCAGGACGCGGUUUGCAACAGAAUUGCAUAAAUUCUACGAGACGCUAGCCGUCUGGAGAUCGUAGUCAACAGAUCGGCGUCACUCCUUCCCUCAUUGAUACCUGCUGCAAAAAUCUUUAGCCUCUCUAUUCGCAACACCGUGCGCCCUUGGUGUACUCCAGGUGAUGCGGUCAUGUCAAAGUUUAUAAUCGAUAGCAUGCUACCGAAAUACGCCCAGUUCCAGCCGUUCAUUAGCUCUCAGAUCUCAUCCCAGUCCAUUUCCAACUCGAACUCGACAGUGUCGCAAACGCCAAACUCGGAAGGCAGUCCAUUGACCACCGGCAGUGAAGGCAGCCCAAACUCACCGCCAACCAGCAAAAUGUAUCCUUUCGUCUCAAAUCACCCAACUACGCACACUAGCUACUCAACGAUGCCAGGCUUCUCGGGUCUAGACGAUAAAUCGUGCAGUAGGUAUACCGAAAGUGUGAUGAACAGUUACCCACCGAUGGGAGUUCCCGGUAGUGCCAGUAUCGCACAAUUCUACCAACAGGCUGCUGCAGUGUCGGCCGCGUCUGCAGGCGUUGGCGUCGACUCGCUGGGGUCAGCCUGCUCCCAGCUUUCUUCGUCCGUCGGCGGGGGACAGUCCGGACUGCCAGAUAUAACACGUCAUCCGUGGCUAGUGACUGCAUCGCAAUCAGCUCUUCAGAAAUUUGCAAGUACAGAUUGGAUGAGUAACCCGUUUGAUCGAGUAGUUUGUGGCGACUUUGCAGAGCAACUUUCCUCCCUUAUAGGUCCCAACGGAUGUCCACGCCGGCGCGGUCGUCAAACCUACACCCGGUUUCAGACACUUGAGCUGGAGAAGGAAUUCCAUUUCAAUCACUAUCUCACCCGCCGACGAAGAAUCGAAAUUGCGCAUGCCCUGUGUCUAACGGAGCGACAGAUUAAAAUCUGGUUCCAAAACCGUCGCAUGAAAUUAAAGAAAGAGCUUCGUGCAGUCAAAGAAAUCAACGAACAGGCCCGACGCGAGCGCGAGGAACAAGACAAAAUGAAAAACGAAUCGCUUAAAUCCGCCCAACAGCAUCACAGCCAAAAACAAGGCCAGCAAGAGCACACGAUUGUUGGCUCGCAGCAAAGCAGUAACGGUGCUGGUGCUGGUGGUGGAGCUGGCAGUGGCGGUGGCGCUGGAAGCGGUGGCAGCACUGGAAACCUUGGGAGUCACCUGCACCAUCCGUCAAUCGUUUCGCAAAACGAUCUGAAGCUUGGACUCGGCGGAAUGGGCGUCGGCGUCGGAGGGAAUCUCAGUAUGAUGGGAGGUCUGGAUAAUAAAACGAAUCAAGACAUCCUGAAAGCAGUUAUGCAACAUAAUAAGCGAUGGGAUUAAUUUUCUUUUCGAAUGUUUGUAACACUUCAAUGAAAGUCAUCAUGAACUACCGUAGCACACACUAUGAAGCAAUCGUACUGUAUCAAAGAUCUUUUGUUAGUUGGAAAAGAUUCAGACAAACAUCAUCCGGUAGUUGUGCAAACCUAUUAUGUUGAGCAACACAGUAUCCAUACCUACUCCUAAACAUCCUUUUCCCCAUACCUACUAACAGCUUUUGGAUUGUAUCUACGUUCAUUCGAUUUUAUGCUAUUCGUUUUCAUAAUUAAUUUUUUUCUUUUUCUCUUUCUUUUCAUUACCCUUAAAUGCACCCGUUGUCUUCAUUAUGAUUGUUUUGAUUGGUAUUCUCUCGAUGAUCACGAUUUAACACCAUCUGUGAUCGUAAUACGCUGAACUACUUUCCAACUGUAGCACAAACUUGAAUACUAGCCUUGACUGGUUGAUUUUAAAGCAUUUUCACACACACACACACACACCCUCCUGUCAAAUAAAACGAUCGAACUCGGAAAUGCUCCGCAACAGUAACGUGUUUCCAACCCGUUUGAAGAAAAAUUAACUCGAAACUGCAUUUAAGGCAAAACAGCUAUUCAAAAAUUGCCAAACAUGGAGACUGCGAAACUCCUCUACAGCUGCUCUUCAAACCCAAUGGAACAAUGGAGUUACAGCAACGAUUUACGGAUCCCGCUAAGCAACCAAUAGCGUAAUGGAGACGUUUUGCAUCUUACGAAGAAAAAUAUAAGCAAAUAGGAAAGACAAACCACCAGAUCAUAACUUUGAGGAACCAAAAGAACACUACUGGAAAACACAAAACGAUAUAAAACCAAUGUAAUAGUCACAGUGUAAGCAAGAGUCAAAACUAAUACAUCAAGCAUCAUACCAACUCCAGGAGUAAACUAAAGCUCGACAAGAAAUAUCUAAAGAACUAUGAUUGCCUAAACGUAUUUUGCCACACAGCCAACUAAUGAUGUAAGUAAGUUUUAUAACGUAACUGAAGAAAAAACAAAGGGCAAAACAAUAGUAAACCACUGUAACGAAACGAAGCAGGACGAAACUUAACGCAGAAAACGUAAAUCGAUAGGUGCAUAAUAAUAAGAUAGAAAGCAAAUGAACAAAUAUACGUACUAGAAGAUAAGAAACAGAUAACUAUUUCUAUCCACAUGGCGAUUCCUGCUGUACUGAAGUGGGUGGUAAGCUUGAGUAACGAAUCAGCCGUGCCACCUAUCCCUCUUUUCCUUAUCGAAACAAUUUUCCUUAUAAGUUAAACGAUCCAGUGUCCAGUGUGUAAUUUAGGUUCUUAGUAAUACUAAUAUAUGAUCGUAGCUGACAUACAUUGUACCCACAAUAAACGAAGAGCGCAGGGAAAACAGACAGCUCUAUCUUGUAAGACUUUACCAUUUCCCUUUCAUUGCAUAGUACUACGCAGGUAGUUCGAUAUAAGCAACCAGUGUUUUCUCAUCUCAAGAAAUCCAAAUAGCUUGGAUGUGGAAAAAAAACCGUACAAUUACACAUUCGACACAUGUUCAGCGUAGCACGCCUGUUUGGUCGAAUCAAAAUGUCUUAAUGUCUGAGAAGAACAAAACGUUUAAUUAAAUUAAUCAUACUCAAGCUUAACAUGAUCGUUAGUAGUGUAGGGAACAUUUUCGUUUAUUUUUUAUCGUCUAUAAUAAUGUGACACCCGUCCUCUUUUUUCUUCUCGUACUAUGUUUUGUUUCUGAGUUGUGCGUGAGCGUAGAGUUAGGCAUUAGGUUCAUUUUAAAUAUGAUCGUAAGCGAUAGGAACGCUGUUAAAGAAUCGGUUUACGAGCAAUUAAACUAUUAAACUAUAAGCUCAAACGUAAUCGUCUCUAUCUGCGAGUCGAUCGUGUCGAUAGCAGCGGCAGCGACAGCGGAAAACGAAUUGCGCUUUUUAGAGCGCUCUCCAUAUACGUAAUUAAACAUUUAAACUUUAUUUUUAAGGUGCGAUUUUUACACUAAAGCAUGUGUACAAGAAUCUUUAACAAUUUGUGACAUAAGUGAGUACAUUAGUCAAUAACAAUCAAGCAAGAAACUUACCAACCAACUAAAAGCUGAACGUGUUUCCUCUCAUCCUUCAUGCAACUCGUACACGGAUAGUGGGGCACAGAUCGGGAUUCAGCUUUUGCAUUUGACCUGCAUGGAAUAUUCAUAUAUUGCAAUGUAAUGCCAUUUAAACAUUGCAUUCUACUCACUGUGUACACCUCAACAAAAUAUUAUGACGUAAAAGCAAAUCUGUCCAUUUGUUAGAAUUAAUGCGAAGAAAUCACAAGUAAAUAAAUAUAUAAAUAUAUAUAUAUGUGUAUAUAUAUAUACAUACAUAUAUAAACAUAAAAAUAUACACAUCCAUGUGAGUAGUGUAUCAAUAACCGAACGCAAAUCAAGCAACGCAAAGCACAUCUACAUGAGCUGGUCAGAAAUAAGCUAAGCUAAUUAACACAUUUUCCUUCAAGCUCUCAUGCAUUUAUGCGUCAGAUCAAAUCGAACAUAAACUCUUCAGGAGCUCAUACUGAUUCCGUUGUCGGUAUUUACACACGUUGCGUUAGUUAAAAAUGUUGUUGCAUAGAAGAAAUCUGAGUUUGUUUAACGUUUUGUUGCUGCAGAAUUUGUUUCCUUUUUCGUUGGAUAAUUAUCAUUUGAAAAAUUAUUUACCAUCACUGAUUGGUGGAAUGUUUGAAUGAUUGCGUUUAUUGUUUGUUUCUUUCGUUCCGUACAUCAUGUGUUGAACUGCAUUAUUAAUUUAUCUAAAUGCUCGACAUCAUUGUUCAGAGUGGAUGUUGAACGUAUUAGUUUGGCCAUCGUUCAAUGGUGCGUGUCUUAUCGUUGGUUGGAACAGAAGAUUGAUUGCAGAGAAAAGAGCGACGAAAAGGGUUAGCAGUAGAAUACAAGAAACAUUGCAUUAUUUAAUGGACGGUGGAUAAAUGCUUGAAGGUUUUCAUUUGUGUUAUUUUUCCAGGAUAAAAUUUGGACAUAUUUAAAACGAAAUACGUAAUCUAAACCAGAGUUGCAUUAAAGAAAAAAAAGAGUCAUUCAUAGCGUAACGGUAAGCCUUCAUCAACAGUAAGCAAGAUUUUUUUUGCGGAAGAUUAGAGUACCUUAUCGGUGUCAAAAGUAAGCAUUAUCGCGUCAACAGCAACCAUCAUGCAACCAGUCUAAAAUGCCAGCUUGCCAUAACGGACGCACGAAACGCUCUUGCACUUGUAACCAUAACGUGCACUGGAACUCAUUGGCUUAUUUUCUUCUGGAUCUCAUUCAAAAUCGCAUGAACAAAUGUGGCAUAAGCAGACGUAAAAUGGAGUACAUUUCUUAAUAGUAAGUUAAUUAAGCAUGACUGGACGCAUGUGACAGGUGUUCUUUGCUCAACGGUGAGCAUAUAAAUAAAGCACUCCUCGCGAAUGCUACCCUUGAAUACGUAAUCUGGUGUAGGAUAUAGGUUCGAAUAAAAUGUGAAAAAAAAUUCAAUAGCAUAUUUAUGUGUGUGCAAACGGUGAGGAACAAGUAAGGGAAACCUACAAUACUGGAUUGUUUUUGUACAUGACAGUGUAAUGUCUUCUGGAAAAGAGCACAAAAGAAAUAAAAGUGUAAUAAAAUGUAUGAUUCUAACGAAAAA